CGGCAGCUCUCCCGCGCAUCCACGCUUGACUUAGAAGGCUAGUGGCGUAGUUCUUUGCGGACUGCGCCUGCGGUUUCGCCUGCUGCGUUCAUUUUUGGGCUCUUUACUCUUGCCAAGCUCGGUUCUCUUUGCGACCUCAACGAGGCGUCGUCGGGUGCAAGAUGAACUUCCUGGGCGUUCCGGAUUGGGUCAUCUUGGUGGUGACGGCACUGGUUCUGUUGUACCUGUAUGCAGCCAGAUACAGAAAUUACUGGAAAGAGCAGAAUGUUGUCCACGAAAACUUCUCUCUUAUAUUUGCAGCGGGUAAACGAAUGUUGUUCAAGCCAUUUCAUCGGAUGGACCAGGAUAGGUACCUUCAAUUUGGAAAAUUAUUUGGUGUCUAUGAAGGUGGGAAACCGAUGCUUUUCGUUGGCGAUCCCGAACUUGUGAAACUCGUUCUCGUCAAAGAUUUCCCUUCCUUGCCAAAUAGAAGGAUGAUCAAUUUCUUCGAUCCCCUUUUGGAUAACAUGAUGAGCAUGGUUCCUGCUGAGAAAUGGAGAAGGAUCCGCCCAGCAGCAAGCCCAGCGUUUUCCACGGGAAAGCUUCGCAAGAUGAAUAAUUUGAUCGCUGACUGUGCUCGGAAAACAGCACAGCACUUGGAAGAAACAGCUGAAAAAGAGGGAGAACUAGACCUCAAACAGUUUUACGGAAACUACGCUCUGGAUGUGAUAGCAGGGUGCGCAUUCGGCACCCGACUGGACUCGCACACCGAGGAGACCAACGAAUUUGUCGCCAAAGCCAGGCAGGCCUUUUCAGGAAAAAUAACACCGCGACUCGUCUUUUUCUUUUUGUUACCGGGACUUGCCAAACUUUUGAAAAUGAAGGCAUUCAACAGCGAUAUCUUUCUUUACUUCAAGAACCUCAGUCUCCAGAUUAUUGAGAAUCGAAAGAAAUCUCAAAGUCGGCAGGAGGAUUUCUUGCAGCUCAUGAUGGAUGCCCGAGGCGGUAGCAUUGCAGCCACAGAUGAAAUAUCAACAUCGAUUGACGAGAAACUUUUUAACCUCGACUCGGAGAUGAAGACGGACACUUCCUUCGUUGGAGGAGUUAAAGCCUUAACUGAAGACGAGGCCAUGGCGCAGUGCGUUCUCUUCUUUCUUGCUGGUCAAGACACGACGUCGUCUGUCAUCUCAUUCACACUUUACCUUCUUGCGAUACAUCCUGAAAUUCAAGCAAAGCUGAGAGAAGAAGUGGAUGAUUGCUUCAAGAAACAUGGACCAGAACCAAGCCUGGAUGUAGUAUCAAAACUGAGAUACCUUCAUGGGGUCGUGUCAGAAUCACUGAGGAUGUUCCCCCCCGCAACAAGGUUAGAGCGAUCUGCUCUCAGUGAUUAUGUUCUGGGUGACACCGGAAUCAAAGUUCCCAAAGGAUGCGUGGUUGCCGUGCCCGUCUAUUCAAUGCAUUAUGACCCAGAUAACUUUCCCGAUCCAACCACGUUUGACCCAGAAAGGUUCAGUGAUGAGAACAUCGAUAGUAUUCGGCCGUACACAUACCUUCCUUUUGGAGCGGGACCUCGGAACUGCAUCGGCAUGAGGUUUGCUCUCGAGGCGGUCAAGCUAUCUAUCCUCCACUCCCUACACAGCGUUGAAUUCGUUCGUACCAAAAACACAAAGGUUCCGCUUGACUUUGUCAUAGGGUUUGGAGUUCUGAACGCCAAGCACAUCACAGUCGGCAUAAGGAAGAGGACUGCGUGAAACAUCUCGACCUCCGUUCCGUGUUCCAGUCAAUUUGUGGAUUUCUCAAUGGACCAGAAAAUUGCAUGAAUGUUUCCAAAUUCAAGGUUUCCUUCAUUGGAGUCAUAUUUCAAUAGGAAUGCAAGCGCCAAGUGUAGCGCGCCUACGGUGAAUAAAGUAAUUUAAUAUUGAAUAAA